AUCGUUGGAUCUAUCAACAGACGCUAGAGAUAUUCUAAUAUCCACUUAGUGAACAAGUGGAACGAUCAUUCGAUUAUAUAAUUCGUAGACAGUAUGUCUGUAUAACAAUAUCUAACCGAGUGAAGAUACAAAAACUCGAGCGCGCUAAUAUUUUGGUUCAGUCUGUACCGAGACGUGAGGACAAUUGUGUGUCUAGCUUUUGCUUGUGCUCAAAAUAGUGUGUCCGGUAGACAGUUUGUAGGCCAAUACGUUAGGCACGGGUAGUGCUGUGUGUAAAAGUAACCUAAGAGAGUUAAGAAAGGACUGGGAAGGAAAAAUGACAAUUCUAAAAACAUACGUUUACGUGGUGCUGAUGUGUCUUCUAGGAAUUGGUUAUGCGAGCAUUCCAUUACCUGACAAGAAAUUCAAGAUUCUGGGUGUCUUCGGUCAUGUGGGAAAAAGCCAUUUUGCCGUCUUCGAGCCUCUUCUCGAAGAACUUGCACUACGGGGUCACGAUGUCACGGUACUGUCUCAUUUUCCACGCACAACAAAGUUAAAAAAUUACAAGGACUUAAGUCUGAGAAGCAACGAAAGUCAAAUCGCCGUUGAUGUCGUGGAUUUGAAGAUCGUGAAGGCUCACGCUGCGAGCGUAUUGUUUGAGCUGGUUACAUUAUAUCAAUGGGGUUUAGCUGGCUGUGAAAUAAAUUUGAAACAUCCUAAUACGCAGAAGCUGAUAAAAUCUAAUGAAAAAUUUGAUGUCAUUUUAACCGAAGUUUUUAACAGCGACUGCUUUUUAGGUUUUGUACAUAAAUUUCAAGCACCGUUUUUAAGCUUGUCAUCCCAUCAAAUUUUACCCUGGGUUAAUCCCCGUAUAGGGAAUCCUGAUAAUCCUAGUUAUAUUUCUACUACCUUUCAUGGGUAUUCGUCGCAUAUGACUUUCUAUGAACGUUUGAUGAACACUAUCUUUUUGGGAUUGGAAAAGAUAAUGUUUUACACAAUGUUCACGUGGUCAACGGAUGUGAUAGUGAGAGAAGUUUUCGGGCCAGAAGUACCAUCCGUUGUGGAAAUAGGAAAAAAUAUGUCAGCACUAUUAGUAAAUACUCAUUACUCUCUUCACCGUGCGCUACCUCAAGUGCCUGGUACGAUUGAAAUUGGUGGAAUCCAUAUUGGCACGCCGAAACCAUUACCAGCUGAUAUCAAAAAGUUCCUGGACGAAGGCACAGAGGGCGUGCUAUUGUUCAGCUGGGGAUCUAUGGUAAAAGCAUCUACUUUACCCCAAGAGAAACUCAACGAUAUCAUUAAAGUCAUUAGCAAUAUACCAAGACGAGUCAUUUGGAAAUGGGAAGCUGACGAGCUUCCUGGCAAACCUAAGAAUUUAAUGAUUAAGAAAUGGCUGCCUCAGGCGGACAUAUUAGGUCAUCCAAACGUCAAAUGUUACUUGGCACAUGGAGGUCUUCUUGGACUCUCCGAAGGUGUCAAUGCUGGAGUACCCUUGGUGCUAGUACCUAUGUAUGGCGAUCAGUUCCACAAUGCAGCACAAGCAAAGUCACGAGGAGUAGCGGAAAUCGUCGAGUAUGAAAAUCUGAAUGAGAAGACCCUCCGUGAAGCUCUAGACAAGAUCUUCAAUGACACCAGAUACUUGAAGAAUGCACGACUCCUGGCGAAGGCUUACAAGGAUCGACCUGCAGGUCCCUUGGACACAGCUGUCUGGUGGACCGAGUAUAUAGCAAGGGGUGACGGAGUGCCCUUCAUAAGGAGCCCGGCUGUGGAUCUUCCUUGGUAUCAAUAUCACCUGGUGGACGUUUACGUCUUCCUAAUAUCAGCAAUCCUGGUUUCGAUUUACGUCGCUAUACGUUUUACGAAGAUGGCGGUUUCCGCCGCUUUUGGCAAUUCCAAGGCAGCUAAGUCUAAACAAUCAAAUGACAGCAGUGCUGCCAACUCGCGGAAAAAGAAGAACUAACGGAUCGGAAUCGAAGCUUCAAAUCUUUUGCCACUGAUGCUGACUGUGUUGGGUUGGCCAAGGGAAUAGGGGAACAAAAUCUAAGACCACUGUGUUCCUUGCUCUCUUUUAUUUUUGUAUACGUACAUAUAUACACACCGUCCGGGAUACUCGUGGAAUCGAGAGGUUUCGCAGCACUGUGCUAGGGUGCCAGAGUUCGAGUGUUCUGUUCGUACUAAAAGGACUGAACCAUCUUUAAGGGCAUUAGUGGAUAUUUCCCAUGUGGCCAUGCAUCCGGGCCAGCCUUUGACUUGGGAUCUGACUGUACUAGGAAACCUCCAUGGAUAUCUUGGGCUAUAAGAAAAACUAAGACCAAGAGGAACGUUAAACUGACGCAGCAUACGCAUUGACGCUGAUAAUUUCUCACUUGAAUUGAAAAAGUCAAAGGGCGUGAGACAUUACCAGAUUAAAUGUAGCUAUAUUGUUGGAUGUAGCAUCCAAUUUUUCUUCAGACACUAUGUUCAUUGGUUUUUUAUUUUCAUUCUGAUUCUCUGAAUCCAGAAUACUUGUUUUUAUUAUUGUUGUCCGCCGUUAUUACAUGCUGAACUUGUUAUAUGAAAACCGACGUCUCUACGGUGGUCAGUUUUUAUGGAGCGACCAGCCUUGUAAAAGAUUACAAAUGCAAUAAUUAUUGUAUUGGAUAAGAUUCGUUUACUUCUUGAAGCCCGUUUGAAGAUCAAUGCGUUUUACCGGAUUAUUCUAUAUUUUUAAAAGAUCGAAGUAGAAGUGAUCAGAAAAUAGUGGAGGAUUGUUAGUAAGAUUAAAACUUUCUAUAAAAAUUAUCAUGUAACUCAAUAAAAGAUACAGAUUUCGUGCAGUUAAUAUCAGGUUCUUUAAGCUGAUUAUCAUAACCUUUUUAUUUAUGGAAAGUAUCAGGUGUCCAUGGAACUUUACUUAACCUGAGUUUCACUUUGUUCGAAAGAAAUAUAUUUUUGUUAUUUA